GCUCUUUCUCCUGGGAUGACACCUAUUCCUAAGAUGACACCAGUUCAUGCCCAAAGGAUGAGACCUAGUCUGACCAUGCAGCUGACCCCUGUCACUCCCAGUCCUGUUCGUAGACGACGAAGGCAACAUCUUUGUAUUGACCGCAAUACACAAAUAUCUAAGGAUCAAUUGAGGAAUAACAUGAAGACAGGGACUAACACCUGUCUCCCUUUGGUUUUGCCGGAUCCAAGAAAUUCCACAGUGAAAGAUUUGUUCAGUAGACCUGGUAAAAAAGCUUUGAAUCACCCUUCCAUUUUGCCUUUGUGGAAGAGCAACACUAAGUAUGGUAUAUCGGAGACAGACUCUGACCGUGGCAUUCCUGUAUGGAGCGUCCCUGACUUACAUCUACCUGAGGAAGUAGAACCACGUUCAAGAAAAAGACUCAGGAUUUCAACAUUACCAACAGAAAAACUUGCAUCACCAUCUCGAAAUGUUGAAAAGGACAUAACCAUAGAACCAAUAACAGACCAAGAGGUGGCACUAGAUAUGCCAUCGAUAGAGAUGGUACGCGACCCCUCCAUAUCCAUGGAGACUCCUCGUCAUGGAGAUGUGACCCCCGCCUCCCUGCACCGCAGUCGCAGCUUGGUAUCAGAUGUUGACAAGAGUAAGGACAGCUUUACUGAAGAGCCCAGUGCAAAGAGGAGGAGAUCAUCAAUAAAGACAAGGUCAAAAGGUGGCACCUCCAGUGAAGAUGAUGUUGCUGACGUUACAGCUCGGGCACUGUCAGAAGUGAGUAUCCCAACUACAGAAGAUGUCAGUCUCGCAGGCAAUCUGUCUGUAGUACAAGAGGAGGAGAUCCAUAUCAGUCACAUUCAGGAUAUACGACCAACAGAGGCAGAACCUCAGCCUACACCUAGCCGUGACCUCCUCAUCAGAACCAUUGGUCGGCUUGAUGGACAGGAGACACCAACUAUCUUUCAGCAUAUUUGUCCACCACUUACUUCCUCACGACAUAUGGCUGCAAAAAUGUUCUCCACUUUACUGGAUUUGUGUGCUGAAAACAAGUUGGAAGUGGAACAACCUCAUCCAUAUGGUGAUAUCUACAUUUCUAAGGGAGAUAACUGGUAG